AUGGCUUCCCGGUGGAGGACGUGGGAUCAGGAUUUCUUCAUUGAUGUGCAUGCCUCAAAAAAGCCGGAAGAAACAGAACUUAUUCCACCUUUAGGACAUGGAAGGGGCAAACCACCGAAAGAUAUUGGUUCUAUCGCCCUUCCUAAAGCGGCUUUGGGAAUAACAAAAGAAAAAAAGACCUCGCAAGCGAGUGCUCCCGGGCGAGGUAGAGCUUCUAUGAUGAAAGCACGUGCUUUGACUGAUUCACCGCCUGUUAGAAGGCCGGGAGAGAGAUCCGAGAAGACGCCUAUCAGCAUCAUAAACGUAAUGAAUCUGGUUUUUAUUAGCUUAUACUUCCAAGUUAAACGUUUUCGAUUUUCUUGAAUUGAGCUCUAUGUUGGGCCAGGGACCAGCUGCGCGCAUGUAGAGGGACCCCGGGGCGGGUACUUUAGGAAUUUCUGGGUGGGGAUGUGCCGUUAGGACCCUGGAACCCUUAGCCUAUAGCAGAGCUAGUUCAGCUGAAUUUUGCUACCCUAUACUAGAGUAAACUCCUCAAAUCCCCCCUAUCCUAGAGUAGCUGUUUUCCAGAAACUACUGAGGUCACUAGCACAGUUGUCUAGCCAAAACAAACCUUAUACCACAAUUCCUACUCUAGAUAAAAUCUUCAACCAACUAAUCAGUUUCCUGAUAAAUGAUACCCUAUUCUAGACCCAAAUGCUCUGAUUUAUAUACCCUGUCCUAGAGUAAACUGCUUGAAAACCAUACCCUUCUCAGCGGCACAUACCUAUAUAGCCCAUAUAUGGCAGUAUCCCCCCCCCCGGGAGGGGAACUGUAAAACAUACAACCAAACAAUUAAGUCUUGUUAGUAGUUGUAUUAUUUUGUUCUUUCGUUGCCCCUUGUUUUACUUAAUUUAUUAUAAUUCCUACUCUUACAGCUGUCUAACAACAACAACAACAACAUUAACUAACUGAACUGGUUAGAAUAAUUAUUCUAGAGUGCUCAACUUUUCAUGUGUGUGUUCUAAAAAUGUACCUAAAAUUUUAACAAACAAAAAAAAUACACUGUGUAAGUGUGGCAAAUGGUUUGAUAGAUUCUGAGACAGUGGUUUAAAAGUGCAAGACUUUGUGCAAAAAAGAUUUGGAGUCAGGCAGAAAUACACUGACCUAGGACUUUGCAACUUGCCGUAAAAGCUUCCAAGAUUUUAAGCAAUGACUUACUUUAUAAAAACAAUUCUAAGAUUCUAUUGUAUCUGAAAUAGGGAAUAAUGCAACAGUUGAAACAGAUUUAUACUGCUAGAUGCCAAUGACCCAGUUUUUGUUAUACAUGUCGCAAACCCUUUACUACUAUUUUUUACUCAUCCUACUUUGUUUUGCUUUUCUGUUUAUUCAUAUUCAUUUCUCUCCCAGCUUUUGAACUUUGUAUUAUUAUUUAACAAUUAUUGAAUGAGGUUGAGUAUCAUCUGAGUAAUUAACAGCCUCAUCAGAUAACACCUUCCUGGUGAAACAAGUGAAAUGUUCCUCCAAUUUUGUCCUCACCGCCAAUUCAACUCAACCUCAUCCUCAAGUCUUCUCGGUUAACGGUUCAAUAAUCUGCAAUAUUGCUGCACUUUUGACAUCAUCAGUUCAAUAUGGCAAAAUUCGUCCAAAUUUGGAUGACAGUAGCUGGUUAUGAUGAAUAAUGCGUGUGAUUUUAUCCAAUCAAAAAUGAAGAAAUACUUUGAAUGAAUAAUAUUGACUAUUAUUGUAUUGUUACCCCUUUGUUGUCUAUUGACAAUAGCCAGAAAAAGCAAGGGAGUGUGGUACUCUGAACAAGUGAAAUCCAGGAUGAAUAGCAUUAUGAUUUCUAUGAAAAAAACUUAGAUUUUCUUGUCGCCCAAGCACAAAAGUAACGUACCAGGGGCCACAGGGCUCUGCUAGAGCACAGGUGCGGUAAAUAUAAAAAAUUGUAAACUAUUUUUUAAACUUAAUAAAUUGUUGUUGUUGUUGAGUAUUCUUGAAGAUUAGCCAGAUAGGCCUUAGAUAACUAUUUUUUUUUUCUAAUAGCAAAGGGAGGCUUUUCCUCCACUGUCAGCAAGUAACCCCGUCUCUUCUUCACCAAAGUGGGUAAAAGAGUCUCAGUCCAGAUCAAACAAAGGCAACACAAAGCCAGUCACAACAUCAACAAGAAGUAGUAGAUCUAACAGAAGUUCUGUGGGGAUAAAGGUGAGUUAAAAAAACAGCAUUGACUGAGAUGACAGCUUGCAAGUCUUCACAACUGGCUAACAAGACUAAUCAUUUUAUGAAAUAACAUGAAUGAGUUCUGCUCAAAUAAUUGAGUGCUUAGUAAACUUGCAUUUUAUAAGAACAUAAACAGCUGUCAAAGGUAAUGUCUGUUUGCAAUAAGGGACUUGAUGUAGUUGCUUAAAUGAAGGCCCAUCAACGGAAAAGGUAACAUAAUUUGGAAUAGCUGGGAAAAAUAAUUAUUACUCACUUUUGGGGAAUGUUUCAUCUCAUUUACACUUUUUCACCCCAAGAAAACCUGCACUCAUUAACACUGCGAACUGGCCCAACAGCACUCAUAACAAGUGAGACACAUAAUGAAGACAGAUAUAGAUGUGAAAUGCGGAUGAAAAAUGGUGAUUCAAUGCAAGUUACCACGAUAUGCAUUUAUUACCACUCAACUUGCAUCUUACCUCGACCUGGUUCAUUGUUUAAACAGAAUGGUGGUCUUUACACUAGAACCUAAAUAAGCUAAGAAAUUUUUUAAGACAAGUAAAUUUUAAAUUCUUCAAGUAAAAAAAAGCUUCACACAUAUUAAACCUGUCUUUUUUACUUCAGGUUUACUUAAGCCUAUUUUCCCAUGCAACAUAAUUAAGAUUUAUUGACAUGCUUGGCCUUUCUCAAAGCUUAGAAACCACAAGUUCGCUAAGUCGGUUUUAAGGAUGGUUUUCAAGUCACUUGAAACUUUCUUCAAUUGUUUCAACUUUCUGACUUUAAUGAGAUGCAAAGUAAAGUUACUUGAGAUUUUACUUAGGCCUUCACACGUAUUUUUUGGUUAAGUAAAACUUAGCAGCUCUUAAGUCUUACUUAACAGCCUAGCGUAAAGACAACCAAUGUGAUAGAAAUAACUUAACAUUACUUAUCUGUCAAUUUAUUUUAGGGACAUGUUUUGUCUUCAACAGAUGGCGGUGAUGUUAUAAUUAUUGAGAAUUUUCCUACCUCAAUCACGGAAAAGGUUUGUUGAAUAAAUACAGGAAAUACAGUUCUAACAAAGACAGUUCAAACAUCAAAACCUGAGCCUAAAGCCAUCCGGUCCAAACUGCAGUUCACUUUCCUCAGGUCAGAUUUCAAGUCACUAUGAUACAGGUAAAUAAGCAGAAUUAAAAGUGUCUCCCAGCCCUAAUCUGUUUAGAAAAUGCUCUCUUAGCUCAAGGGGAAUCUGUGUGGUUUUGUAAUUUAUCGAUGGAUUAGUGCUACUCUUGACCUGUGGAAUGUGACCUGUACUUCAGACCCAGCUACCGAAAGCAAUUUGGAAGCAAAAUUCGAACAUGAAUUUUCACAGUGCACCACAGUGUGGCACAGAACUCAAUAUCCGAUAUGUGACUCUCCACUUUCGAGAUUAGCGUAGGGCGGCUUUGCUCCGUUACAAACAUUGCACUGAAAACCCCAAUGGCCACACUCACAUAUUUAAUGACGGGGGGGUCCGAAGGAUUUUUUUGGGUCUGACAUUUUGUCCAAAAGGGAUUUUUUUGGGUCUAUGAAAGACGUGGGGAUUUUUUGGGGUCGCAAAAACAACAGAGAGAUUUUUUUGGGUAUUGUAUGUUUCAUCAGCUCAAAUCAAAAAUAACAUAAGCGCAAUUUAUAGCGGGGCUCCCGCGCGCGCGAAGCGCACGUGGGACAGAGCCCCAUACCCAUGGAAUAUGGUCAACCUCUUUUCGUUUGGUUGUCACGUGAUUGACCGAGCGUACGUACGUACGCGUCUACAGAUUGUAUGGGUGGGGUAGGGGAGACUAUCAAAAGGAAGGGAGGGGUGUCUCAGGUGUGUCUUGGCAAGUCCACAUCUUUAAUAUAGGACAUUAACAAUAUGGUCAAUUGACAGCUGUCCAAACAGGAUAGCCACUGACCAGUAUCACAUGACCAUAUCGCGGGCUCAUGUGUCAACUCAUCGAGGUGACGUGAUUUAUUUGGAAGCUGUCCGCUGACCAGUUAACUGUUUUACUAGAUCGCGAACGUUCAAUCUCAUACUUUUACUAGUUUGGGAGCACAGGAAAACUGAUAAUUCACACAUAUUGGACAUCAAUGUUUUGAUCAAUUGACAGCUGUCAAAACAGAGUACCCCUGACCAGUAUCACUUGACCGUAUCGCGGGCUCAGGUGUCGACCCGUCGAGGUCAAGUAUUUUUGAAGUUAUCCGCUGACAAGUAAACUAGUUUUCAAGUGAUCGCAGGCUCAAGUUCAAUUUUUUUUUUCUUAAUUCAUAUGAAAUAUGUUGUGUUUAUGUGCUGCACAAUUGAAAUUUUGAUUGCAAACUGACCUCGGACGUGAAAAUUCAGCCAGCUGUUACAGGCAGGGAAGACAGUUGCUUUUUGUUUUUUCUCACAAUGGUCACGCGUUGGUCACGCCCACGUCCAAUUUUUAUGCUCUGAUUGGUCAAAAUUUGACAGGUGAGUUCAUGUUAAAAUUUAUGCAGCAUCUUGAAUCUUGUUUACUUUAACAGCUGAAGCUGACAGAGUUUUGUGUCAACUUGUGAUGUUUUUAACUGUCUUUUUCCACUGGAUGUACAAAAUGAAAUUCAGCUGCUAUCAGGAGUCUUCUGUUACUCAUGGCUAGUUUGUUUAUUGGGUUUUGGUUGAGAAAACGUCGCUUGUCAAAGUCGGAACCGAUUUCGGAUGGCAUCGUUUUCGUUUUCACCUUGCUUGAUGCGUAAGAGGAUUGCAAAGUCUGAAGCGAUACUGGCUUUACCUGAUAACUUUCAGGAGCUGCAUCUCGAAUGGUAAGCCAGAGAAAUUAUUGUAUUUCAUGUUUGUUUUUUGUAGCUAAUUUAAUGAAGUGGAGCGUAGUUUAUGCGGGAAUUUAGUUUAUCUUGGCGUUUGUAAGAUUUGAGACAACGAUCUCACCGAGUAUCUGGUUUGAUAUAAUCUUACAGAACUUUAAAAAGCCUUUAGACAGUUUCUCACCGCAAAUAGAAAGAAAAUGUUCCAAAGAAUCUUUAGUUAUAAUUCUAGCCGGAAAAGAAAGCUUUGAGCGAUUUUCUUGCCUCGAGUUCGUCUUUGAAAAAACAAACACCGGGAAGCUGGCUUAAAACAUAAACUUCAGCAAACUUAAGCUUGAAGCUUGAAGAUUCAGGAUAUUUAGGGACACUUUAAUACUUGUCUUCCUGAAUGAAAAUUGUUGUCUCUGUUUAUGUUUCACGAAUUAUAUUUCUUUUAUUGAUUGUUAGUAGUCUCUCUUGCAAUUUUAAUCGCUAUGCCGAUUGUUUUCAGUCGUUCAGUGAACAUCGCUUGCAGGAGUUCUCAAAAUGCCGCGUGUUAAACCAUCAAAUAAAAAAUAAACAUGAUAAAUUCUUUAUUAUCUUGGAGCGUAACUCUGUUAAUGUUCAUUCAAACACUCGCUACAGCUCGCACUACAAAAGUGAGAACCGGAUGGCCGUAUAGGUGAUUUUGGAAAAUUUUUUAACAGUUUAUGAAUAUUGAAUGAGAGCAAUUUGUAUUGUGAAAUACUGCUUUCUGUCCAUGGUAUAAAAGGUUGGUUUACACGCACCCAGAUUUGUUGGCAAGAUUUUGCAAAAGUAAACUUGUCGAACGCCAAAACGUUGGCCUGGUUUUUUUUUUUCUAAGCCUAAUUGAUCUACGGUGAUCAAUAAUAGCCAUUACGGCUCUUAAAUGUGAUAAAAGAUGAUUACCAGUUUUUGAGUGUACAUAUGAGGCUAUCAACUCGAUGUAAGAUUUGGUUCACUCUUGGGCUGUUUGCAAAUUAUUUUUCUCUAAAAUCAGGUAGCCUUUCCCUCAAAAGUCACAUAAAUGUGCUCUAAAGUUAACUGAAUUGUGGAAUUCGAAUACAAGUUUAUUGUUUAAUUUAAAUUAUAAAUUUACUAAUGGGAGCCUCGCUUUUAGCCCUGGCUAAAUCUAUAUAUUAGUUUUGUUUUUGACCAAAACCAAAGUUGAAGUUAGCAUGUUUUAGCUUUCCAGAAGAUAAAUAAAAAAAUUUGCUGAUGCAAAAACACUGAGGGAUUUUUUGGGGUAUGCUAAAAAAAGUAGGGAUUUUUUUGGGUAGACAAAUUCUGAAGUUGGGAUUUUUUGGGGUAUAAAAUAUGAACCUCUGUCGGACCCCCCCGUCAUUAAAAUAUGUGAGUGGGGCCCCUGGGCUGAAAACACUGUUUUUAUGUGUGAACAGAGGCCUAUCCGGUAUGAUUUUCAUGUUGGCAUAAGAGCUAUCUGGUAUUACAACAGUCAUCCCAAGCAUAAUUGCAGACCACGCUUAUGCAAAAUUCUGGGAGGCAAACAAGGUGUAUUAUGGGAGUUUUGCAAAUGACAAAUAAAAAAUAAGAGGCUACUUAGAGUCUAUCUCAGUCUAAUCGAACAGAGCGUUUUUAAUAACGUGGCCAUCAUCUAUGCAUAUCUACUGGAACAAAAGAAAGCAUUUACACUUGAUAAGAACAGAGUUCAACUCUUACAUGAUUUGUUUGCUAGACUUGCUACACCAACAUGGCCACGGCUUCGUGGUUUUGAAACACCAAUCUAGCCUUUUUGUCUUUUCGCCACUUGCCCAUACCUCAGAGUGACUCAUAGACAGUACCCCCAGUUAUUAAACUGUUUUUCUUGUAGGACCUUGUUGAUCUGUUCAAGCCCUAUGGUGAGGUGUUAGCGUGUGUCAUUGAAAGAGAUAGCAAUGGAGUCAGCUUAGGAACAUCUCUUAUCAGGUUUGCUUCAUUCAGAUUAAUGUCACGUUUAUUAGAAUGUCUUCGGCAGUAUGAAAAUAGAGGCAUUAAGAUACACUGCUUAUGGUGCACAGGUGGGGAUUAACAACCUAAAUCCGUAGAUGUAGUCACAUGUAAGAAGCCUGCCUCUUACCCCGGACUGAAAAACGGUGGCCUAGGCUACCGGGUAGAGUUGUAAACCUACAAACGACAGAACGUUUUUGCCUGCGCGUUGCAGCGGUACCCCGCCAUAAGACCAUCCCGCUGAUACUGUCAACUCUUUAUUACGACUACUUAAUCUGGCUAGAGAAAAAACGUUAGUCCAGACGCAGCGGAGUGUUUUGAAACGAGGGGGGGGGGGUUCUUUGUACACUCAGCUAAAUGUUCUUUGUGAUGUUUGUUGCCUAAGCAAACCUCUUUGCUAUCUUAACUGUAACCAGUGUGUCUGUAAUCAAUUUGUGACAGUGGAUAAGUAGGCAGCCGUUCAGACAAUCUGGCUUCGUAGUGCUUCUUAGGUAGUUUGUGAGUCGUCAGAGGCCAGGAAAUUUACUCAAUUUUCAUAUUCCGUGGACCACUCCUAUAGUAGUGUUUUUGUGACAGAAAUUUUAUUGAAAAAUGAGCUAGCGACAGGAAGGUGGGGGGCUGAGCCCCCACAAACUUUCUUUUGCAGGGGGCUGUACCUGCCCCCUGUUCUGCCGCCUGCAGUCAUUGGCAGUUUUUAGGCUAUAUAGACAUGAAACUUAUGUAGACUUUAACGUCUCAAGCAUUAAAACGGCCAUUUUCUUACUCUACCACCUUCUAAAUACUAUCACUCCGUUAUUACGACCAACAACCACUUUUUAGAGUCCCCAGUAUUCAUUUUCGCCACACUCGUUAAUACGACCAGUCAAAUACCUGUUACAGGUAAGUGAAGUAAUUAACAAGACAAAUAGUGAAGUUGUUUACUGAAGUAGUCUUACGUGCCUGAGCGAGUGUCUAAGUAAAGUGAGUGAUAUCAUGACCGUUGAUAGUCAGAAUAAAAUUAUAUUUGCAAUCAUGUUUCUUCACAGUACCCCGCUAAUACGACCAAGUCACUUUCAUGGCCCAAACAGGUCGUAUUAAUAGGCUUCUAAAUCCAAAUUUGCGAAAACAUGACCCUUUAUAAUAUAAACAUAUAGGAAAUCGGUUCCCCUACGUAUGUACAAAUACAACACAAAACAAUGUUCUACAAUAUUGUACAAUAAGUUAAUUAACGUUUCCUAGCUUUGGUUUUGUUUAUAAUUUACAAAAGACACGAAACGAAACAACCAGUUACAGUAACAAAUCAACUAAGAAACUACCGUUGAAGCAUCUAAAAUUGAAUCAAAAUUGAAUUAAAUCUGUCUUCGCCCAAAAUCCCAGAGUUAUGUCACCACAGCCAGGCUGUUCAAAGGAUUAGCUCGAGAUUUGAAUUCAGACAUGUCAGUUGAUUCGAUACUCUAAAAAGAACCGAGAAAUGAUCCGAGAAAACGCUUUUGAACAAAAGAAAAAGAAACCCUCAUUAAAAUUUAACCCUGGGUUAGCGCUAGUCGGUCUUUGAACAACCGAGCCCAGGGACCUAAAUAUAUGUAGGUUCAAGUUCAAGUUCAUUCAUUCACUCUUAUUCAAUCACAAUACAACAACAAUAAGAAAAAAAAGGAGUAAAAACAGAGCUAACUAUACAUUGAAUUAAACAUAACAAAGGAAAAAGUGUAUAGCAGCCAAAGGAGCCAAGCUUUCGAGUUGGCUACUACCACAGAGCGGUUAAAAGUGGGUGGAGGUUAUAAAAACAUGGAAAAGGAACAGGCGUGCGAAGUAACGCGACUGCAUAGCCGUGCGUGCAGGACAACAGCUUGGAAUUUAUUUCCGACGAGAUAACUAUUUGGGAGACUUGACCGUAAAGCGUCUCCUAUAUGGUAUUAACGUACCUGUCUAUUCUUUAGAACAAGUUCUUAUUUUCAGUAAUUGGAAGAAUAGGUCACUGAAGUGAAACUGGUCAUCUUAGAAAAGAGAACCUGUCUCUAUGCGCUCGGUCAUUAUUUUUAAGAUGGCCUCUGAAGUUCAUGCAUUAUUCUGUAUGUAGAUAGUGUGUUAAAUUAAUCAGGGGAACAAGGUUUUAGUGUGGUGAUGGCUAUCUAAAUAUUUUAACGUGUCUUUUUUUACUGUCUAAUUUAGAAUGGAAAACAGAACUGCGUGUGAGUGGAUAAUUAACACUUUCUCCGGCGAAGAGUACCCCGGUAAGUCCAUUCUAAUCUCUUACCCCUCCCUACUCAAAACACAAGCAAUCGUUCUUUUAUUCUCGGAGCAGUAAGCCCAAGAGCUGUUGUAUGAUUUGCGCUUCUUGCGGACCUAUCUGAAAAAAGAAUGAACAUCAGCUUUACAGAAUAAGUUUGCGCAGAAAGACAAUGAUUUUGAACAUUAAAUCAGUCAAUUUUUAUUGCCAUCACAAUCAAUCGUUACUUAUGCAAAUACUCCUUUAAAAAUGGCCGCUUUUAAAUCGGUCGGUUUUUUUCUGCCCCACAAUCUUAGUGGACUCUCUUUGAAGUAUACCAAUGCGUAUUUUGGAAAUCUCUCGCUGACUGGCAAUUAACCUGCCACGGUCACGACCAACAGUUUUUCUCUUUAUUUUAGGAGCAAGUGAACCCAUGGUCUGCCGAUUUCUUGUAGAAGACGAAGAACAUUCAUGAACCCAUUGAAGCCAAAUCCGAAACGUUCAGCAUUUCUUUUCGUUCAAACUCUUCUCCCUGUCUGAGAAAACGAAACAGCCUCCUCGUAAUUGGAACAAAGGCUGUUCUCAGUUUAAAUUGCCUGUCAGUAUUUGCAUCUUUAAGUGAUGUGCGUUCUUAACUUCUUUCAUAUAAGUGAAUUGUUUGUGUUAGUUAAGUGGUUUCAUAGGCAUCAGCGAAAAACAGACACUGCCUUUGCCUGUAUUUAUUGCUCAGUAUUUAGCUUGCCUUAGCUUGCUCAAACAACGUUGUUGUUGUUGUUGUUGUUUCCCUGAAGUUAGUUGUGUUACGUCAGAGGUUUUACACUGAUCUGUGUCUAGGACCAACUUUCUUGCUUGUUUUGUUGUUAACUAAUAUUUUUUCUUUUGUAGUGUUUUCCAUAACUUUCCAUCUUAUGAGUUCUUUCCUCUUCUGAAGGUGUUACUGCCAAUGCGUUACCUUCGUAUGUUGUUCUCGU